AUGUCAAUCUUGCACGAUGGCAAGACAGACAUCAACGAGCUGGACCUCUUCGGAGAGACGGCGCUACUGAAAGCUGCAAGGCAGAGCAGGAGGGAGGUCGUGGAUGCGCUCAUCCGCCACAGAGCCAAUGUUGGACAUCGGUGUGCCGACGGCAACACCAUCCUCGUGUGGGCAGUCCGCAACGGAUGGCUCGACCUGCUCCCCCUCCUCCUGUCCUAC